UAUUUUACUGUAUUUUAUUCUAUUUUAUUUUCUCUAUCUGAUUUACAGUGGACUCUAAAUAAUUUAAUUUUUCUUUCUUCUGGAACAAAACAUGUUACUCAAAGCCAAAUGUACAUAUUAUAAGUAAAUCUCCAUUUUUUUUUCCAUUCUCUAUGUGAAAGCAUGGCUUUCACUCAGGAAAAAGGACUCCUUCACACCAUUUGUUUAUUAUUAUGCAUUCAAAUAUUUUUUACUUUCAUUAUUAUGUAAAGUAAUUUUACCUUUGUCCCUGUUAUAAAAUAAUUUUCUCUAUUCAUCCGAUUCCAGAUUAUAUUGCUUUGGUUAUGCACAAAUGAGUGUAAGUUUAAAUAAAUUGGAAUUUAAUGCUGAAUCAGGUAACUUGUCCCACCUCCGCUGCUCUCUCUCUGCUCAUCAACACUGCUAUCAAAUAACAGCUCGCGCUCACUACUGGGCUGACUGCUGCCUCAACGCCAUUGGCCAAUAGCGUGAUUACGUCAGUUCGUAGACAAAUGUAAUUGGUCGAUUCCUUUAUGACAUCCAAUCACACCAUAGAGGCGGUGCGAAUACCGGAAGUACAAACCAGAGGCAGAGUGCACGGGCUCAGGCUGAGCUGAUAUCAGUGUGCUGAAUGGCUAGAAUGGGGAAAGUUGUUCUGGUGACCGGUGCAAACAGCGGCAUAGGCCUGGCCCUGUGUGAGCGCCUCCUGAGUGAUGAUGCUCAGCUGCAGCUGUGUCUGGCCUGCAGGAAUGAGCAGAGGGCUGCGAUGGCCUGUCAGUCGUUGCUUGUCUCUUACCCUAAAGCUCACAUUUCUCUCGUUCGGCUAGACGUGGGCAGCAUGCGCUCUGUCCUCAGAGCUGCUGAGGAGAUCCGGCAGAGGUACAACAGGAUUGACUACCUCUACCUUAAUGCUGGGAUUAUGCCUAGUCCACAGGUGGAUUUCAGGGCUCUCUAUAAAGGCUUGUUUUCUGGUAAAGCAAUCCACAUGUUUUCUACGGGAGAAGGGCUACUGACGCAGAAAGACACCGUCACAUCUGAUGGUCUACAACAAGUGUUUGCUACCAACCUGUUCGGUCACUUCUUACUGGUUCGGGAAUUGGAGCCCCUGUUAUGCCAACCAGGCCACAGCUCUCAGGUGAUCUGGACUUCGUCUAGCAAUGCACGUCGUUCAGCUUUCAGUCUUGAUGACCUGCAGCACAAGCAAGGUGCAGAGCCAUACAGCUCCUCUAAAUAUGCAUCUGACCUGCUGAGCCUGGCCCUGAACCGCCAUUAUAACAGCCAGGGUCUGUACUCAUCAGUGAUCUGUCCUGGAUUGGUGAUGACUAACCUCACAUAUGGCAUCCUACCCUCCUUCUUCUGGACCCUUAUCAUGCCUAUAAUGUGGCUGAUAAGAAUCUUCACCAAUACUUUCACCCUUACAUCUUAUAACGGGGCCGAGGCUUUGUUUUGGCUGUUCAAGCAGAAACCAGAGUCACUGGAUCCAAUGGUCAAAUACCACAGUUUAACCUCCGGACUGGGAAACAACUACACACAGCCUCGCAAGAUGGAUAUUGAUGACACUACUUCAGCAGUACUCUACGAGAAACUUCUAGAAAUGGAGAAAACAGUGAGAAAGAAACUGAAAGAGGAAGAUGCAGAACAUGCAAAAUAAAUAAACCAUUUACAAAGUAUUUAAGCUUUUACUUUUAAAUAUCUCUAGUAAAUGUAAAAUAUAUAUAUAUAUAUAUAUAUAUAUAUAUAU